AUGCUUUCAAGCAACCAAUCCUUCCUUCUUCUGACUAUUUUUGUCGUGGGACUCUCGGCGGCUCCGAGAAAGAGUCCCCCACCACCACUGGACGACUUCUCCACGCCUUCUGGAGAGUCCAGAACUGAUGAACUCCCACAGCCAACUCAAGACUUGGUUUUUGAAACCCCUGACUCUACUGAUGAUGUUAUCUUUGUGACGGGGCCAUUCAGAUUCGGAAGACACGGAAAGGAUCAUUCUCGACCACCACACGGUCUCUCAUCCGACGGACCAUCUUUCGGAGGAGAUCCCUCCCAACCACCUCAUAAAUUUUCUUCGGAUGUCCCAUCUUUCGGAGAAGACCACUCUAACCCUCCACACGGUCUCUCAUCUGACGAACCAUCUUUCGGCGGAGAUCACUCUGUUCCACCAUUCGGGCAAUCAUCUGACGGACCAUCAUUCGGAGGAGAUCACUCUGCUCCACCAUCAUCUGACGGCCCAUCUGUCUUGGGUCGUUCUCGCCCUCCACAUGGUUUCUCAUCUGAUGAACCAUCAUUCGGAGGAGAUCAUUCUGUCCCACCAUUCGGACAAUCAUCCGACGAACCAUCAUUUGAAGGAGAUCAUACCGGUUCACCACACGAACUUUCAUCCGAUGAACCAUCUUUCGGAGGAGACCACUCUCGUCCACCACACGGAUUGUCAUCUGAUGGACCAUUUGUAGCAGGAGGAGAUCACACUAAUCCACCACGUGGAGAAUUCUCAGAUGAACCAGUAACAGAAGAAAAUUUGGUCACUGAAAAUCCAGAACUCGACGCUACAGCAGGAGGGUAUUGA